GGGAAGAAGAAGAGAAAAAGUAUAUUAAAAGGGAAAGGGCCUUCGUUUCCGCUCUGUCUCUGAUCUGUCGCUCUCUCUAUCUCUCUCUCUCUCUUUCUCUUUCUCUCUGUUGCUGUUCCAAAUUUUGAACCUCAACGACGGAUUUUCUCUGUUUCAGGAGCAUUCAAAGCUUUGUUCCUAUACCCAUUUCUUUCCUCUUGAAGCUUUCAUUCUCACACAUUUCUCUGCCUGAACUUCCAAGCUCGUUUUCAUAAUGAACGAUCUUCUUUCGGAUUCCUUUGAGAUCCGUCGGGGUCAACCUUCUGGAGGAAGAGACAUUGAGCUAGGAGCAAAUGCGCCUACUAGUGCAGGGGAUCAGGGCAUGGGGGAUUUCUUCAAAAAGGUCCAAGAGAUUGAAAAACAGAAUGAGAAGCUGGAUAGGCUAUUGAGAAAGCUCCAGGAUUCACAUGAGGAGUCCAAAGCUGUGACCAAAGCUCCAGCAAUGAAAGCGAUCAAGCAGCGGAUGGAAAAAGAUGUCGAUGAGGUUGGGAAAGUCGCACGUUAUGUGAAGACUAAAGUUGAAGAACUCGACAGAGAGAAUCUGUCAAAUAGGCAGAAGCUCGGGUGUGGAAAAGGAUCAGGUGUAGAUAGAUCAAGAACAGCAACUACUCUUGCCUUAAAAAAGAAGUUAAAAGACAAGAUGACUGAAUUCCAGAUUUUACGGGAAAAAAUCCAUCAAGAGUAUCGGGAUGUUGUUGAGAGACGGGUUUUCACAGUCACGGGUGCUAGGGCUGAUGAAGAGACCAUUGAGAAAUUAAUUGAAACUGGGGAUAGUGAACAAAUUUUUCAGAAGGCAAUUCAAGAACAAGGGCGAGGACAGGUAAUGGACACUUUAGCUGAAAUUCACGAACGUCACAGUGCAGUUAGAGAACUGGAAAGGAAGUUACUUGAGUUACAGCAGGUAUUUCUCGAUAUGGCAGUAUUGGUGGAGGCACAAGGGGAUAUGCUCGACAAUAUCGAAUCACAUGUUACAAGUGCAGUAGAUCAUGUGCAACAAGGGAAUACUGCUCUUCAAAAGGCAAAGAAGCUACAAAAGAAUUCUAGGAAAUGGAUGUGCAUUGCCAUCAUAAUCCUUCUAAUCAUUGUUGUGGUCAUAGUAGUGGGAGUUCUUAAGCCAUGGAAUAAUGGUAAGGGUGCCUAAGUGCCCAGCAUCUUUCUGUAUAAAUAUAUCAUUUCAAAGCCAUUUGUACCUCUGCCUUUGACCUACAAUUUGUGUUGAUUUUGUGAUCCAUUUUUGGAACAAAGAUGCUAGGUGUGUGUCAUAUUGUUUUCAAGAUGAAGCAUAUAUAAAUAUAUGUGAGCAUAUUCUUUAUCUCUUCAACAAAAUGUGCAUUUGCUUGUGCAUUCUGUGAAAUAAAACAUUUUUCUCCAAGUUCA